CAGAUGCAAUCUUUGUCAUUGUAAAUUGGCUAUAGAGAAAAAAUCGUAUAUAAAGAUCAAGGUAAGAACAUCAGACGUCAGACACCAGCGGAAACAGCCAUGUCUACAUCCAUCACGGAGUCCACCAUCAGCAGUGUGCAGGGGGUCCAAGGGAUGCUCACUGCAAUCACAGCGUUGGGACUUACCGGCCAUCGCUUCCCUGCUGGAGUUGAUGUUGAAGAUGGAGCCGUAUUUGACUUUUUGACCAUCGGGUCAGGCGCGGGUGGCAGUGUUGUAGCUAGCAGACUUAGCGAAGAUCCAAACGCGUCAGUACUUCUUUUAGAAGCUGGCCAAGUAGCACCCCUCGAAAGUACCUAUGUGGGAUUAUUCCCUGUCUUGGUGAACUCUGCUUACGACUGGAACGCCACUUCCACGAACGACAACUAUGCCAACCAGUGCCUUCAGAACAACGUCGUUGAAACAACCAUGGGCAAGAUGCUUGGAGGGUCCAGUGGCCUCGACCACGUGAUUGCAGUUAGAGCAAACAAAUUUGACAUGGAACGCUGGGCCAAAGCUACAGGCGACGACUCCUUUAACCACGAGAACAUGAAGAAAUACUACAUUAAUAGCGAGACUCUGAACGACAAAGAUAUCCUCGCAGAAUACGCCUCCCAUCACGGUACCAAGGGUCCCUUGCAACUAAUAAGGGAGACAAGCGACAAAAACAAAGAUAUUUUGGAAUCUUUCAAAGAACUCGGCCAUGAUAUUAUCUUAGACAUCAAUGCCGACCUUUCCCUUGGCUACACUGAACCUUUGCUACUUAAAACUGAAGAAUGGAGGCAAAGCGCUGCGGAGGCCUAUUUAGGAGCCGCCAAAAACCGACCCAAUUUGUUUGUUCAGAUGGGCGCUCUGGUAACCAAAAUCUACAUCAACAGUUCUAAUGUAGCCACUGGAGUCGAGAUACUGACCAGUGACGGUGUAACCAAAAGCAUUUACGCUCGCAAAGAAGUUAUUCUAUGCGGUGGAGCAAUCAAGAGUCCACAACUUCUGAUGUUAUCAGGUGUCGGACCUAAAUCUCAUCUUGAAGAGUUCGGCAUCGAAGUAAAGGCUGAUUUGCCCGUCGGAGAGAACCUUAUGGAUCACGUGUCAGCAAUUGUUGGUAUCACUUUAAAGGAAUCUGAUGAAAAAGUUUUACCCAACACCAUGCAAUUCCCUGUCCCGAUGACGACUGGUUACGUGUCACUCGACGGCACUGAAGACCCCACAUACCAAUCAAUUAAUCUGUACUUCCCUCACGAUAAUGCUGGUCUUCUGCAAUUGUGUGCAUUUGCUUUCAAGUACAACAACACUGUAUGUGAGGCGCUGUACAAAGCCAAUACCGGCAGAGACUUACUUUUCAGUGUUAUUAACCUGAUGCACCCCGAGUCCUCUGGCUCAGUCCGUCUGAACAGCGUCCACCCUGCCGCUAACCCGACCAUCAAUCUCGGCCACUUGUCCAACCCUAACGAUCUGGACAACCUCGCCAAAUCCCUGCAAGACUUCGUGACUUUGUUAGAUACUUCUUACUUCAAAAACAUAGGUGCUAAGUUGGUUGAUAUCGACUUGACCUGCAAUAGUUUGGACCGCACUAGCUUCGAGUUCUUCAAGUGCUAUGCUAGAUGGAUGUCGGCGACUAUGUGGCAUUACAGCAGUACUUGUGCUAUUGGUAAAGUUCUGGACAGCGACAUGACAGUGAAAGGUAUUCAGAAUCUUCGAGUUGUGGACGCUUCAGCCAUGCCUUACACCGUCACGGGCAAUAUCAUAUCGAACAUCUAUGCCAUGGCGGAGAAAGCAGUAGAAAAUAUUAAGGCAAAAUGGUGUUUAAGCUGAUCCUGUUGUUUUGUGGUUAUUUAUGAAUAAAAUAUUUUAAAAAAUUAA